ACCGUCACCUCGCUCAAUCCCUAAAUCCCUCACGGGCGCCAUCUCGCGCUCUCUGUGCACGCCCUAAACCCUCGAUUCCGUCGCCUCCGCCGCCUGCCGUCGACGAGAUCCCUGCAAUCAUCCUGAUUACGAUCUGAAGAGAUAAUUCAUGAUAUCAGAUAGUUUGAUCAGGGCAGAACAUAUGGAUGAAACUGUGGAGAACUUCACUGAGCAAGAUGUGAUUGAAGAAGCUGUUGAUGCCUCUAGUGAUAAACAUGGACGUGAUGAUGAUCAGGCUGUGGUAGGUAGUGAAAAGAGAUGGCCUGGGUGGCCCGGAGAAAGUGUUUUUCGCAUUUUGAUACCUGCUCAAAAAGUUGGUGGUAUCAUUGGUCGUAAAGGAGAAUACAUUAAAAAGAUGUGCGAGGAGUCAAGGGCUCGUAUUAAAAUUCUUGAUGGUCCUCCUGGGGCACCGGAGAGAGCUGUUAUGAUUUCAGCAAAGGAGGAACUGGAGGCUUCUAUUUCUCCUUCUAUGGAUGGUCUGCUAAGGGUUCAUAAACGUGUGGUUGAUGGAUUGGAAGGUGAUACACCACCAAGUUCUGGACAUGUGGUCACUCGGCUGCUGGUGCCUGCUGCACAAGCUGGGAGCCUCAUUGGGAAACAGGGUGCAACUAUUAAGGCCAUACAAGAAGCUUCUAACUCUGCUGUUCGUGUCCUUGAUGAUCUGCCCCCGUUUGCUCUACAAGAUGACAGAGUUGUUGAGAUACAGGGUGAACCUACAGGAGUGCAUAAAGCUGUGGAGUUAAUUACAGGGCACUUGAGAAAAUUUUUAGUCGACCGGAGUGUCCUCCCUUUAUUUGAAAUGCAUAUGUCUGCUCCACACAUGGAGCCGAACAUGCCACCCCCACAACCUUGGGGGCAUCAUCAGGGUCUACCACCGAAUGCUGGUGGUCCAGGAUAUGGUGGCAAUCCUCAGUUUUUGCCUCCAAGACCACAUGAUAACUUUUAUCCACCCUCUGAUCUUGGCCCCAUGGAAAAACAGCCUCACCAUGGUAUAUCUGCAUUUGGACGAGAUGUACCACCCAUGGGAGUUAAUCAGCAACCCCCACCAAUGAUCUCUCAGCAGGUCACACAGCAUAUGCAAAUCCCACUUUCUUAUGCUGAUGCUGUCAUUGGCGGAGCUGGAGCGAAUAUCAGCUAUAUCCGUCGUGCAAGUGGAGCAACCAUCACAAUACAGGAAACCAGAGGUGUCCCUGGGGAGAUGACCGUUGAGAUCAUUGGCAGUGCAGCCCAAGUACAAGCAGCCCAGCAACUAAUACAGAAUUUCAUGGCCGAAGCAGCUGCUCCAACUUCUGCUCCUGCUGGUGGCGCAAUUCCAAAUGCCAUGGCUCCUGGCGACCAGAGUUAUAAUCCAUAUGCUGCUCAUGGUUCGAUGUACACAUCGCCUGCAUCCAAUGCUGCACCGCCAAGCCAUUCUGCUGGAGGAUAUGGUUCCGCUUAUGGUACUAAUUAUGGGUACUAGGCAAAGUGAAACUGAGGAUCAUUUCGGUCAACAUGCAGUUGUAGUUUUAAUUUUUACUUAAUUAAAAGAGAGAGAUUGGAUGGUAUUAGUGAGGAAAUUCCGAGUAGAUGUUCGCUAACUAAAGCAUUCCAUGUACAUUAUCAAGUGUGGUGAAGAUUUGUCAAAAUAUCGUUUUCCCCCAUUUUAUGCAUUGUAUCUUGUCAAUUUCACAGGUGCUAUGCGCCACCUAUUUUA